AUGUCCUCCAAAUCAAAAAAGCGUUCAAUCGAAUACCAAUCCGAUGACGGCUUCGUCGUUGACGAUGACAACAAUAACAAGAGUCGCGGCGCAAAGAAGGCAAAGACGGCUGAAUCAUUAUCAUCGUCAACUAACAAAACAGACGCAAACGGUGAUAUUUAUUGGGAUAUAUCGAGCCACCGCAGAGUAACCAUUUCAGAAUUCAGGGGGAAGAGCAUGGUGAACAUUAGAGAGUAUUAUGAGAAGGAUGGGCAGGAACUUCCUGGGAAGAAGGGUAUAUCACUCCCAAUUGAACAAUUCAGCGCUCUCGUUAGCCACUUGCCCGAAAUCGAACAAGUGCUCUCUGCAAAAGGUAUAUCGGUUCCUCGUCCUUCGUAUAAUGGCGAGUCGAAUGAAAAGGAUGAGGAUGAAGGUGAUCACAGUGGGAAAAAGAAUAUUGAUUCUACCAGCGAGGAAGACGAGGAUGGAGAGUGA